AUGCCACAGCGCAACCAGCCGGCGCGACUGGCCCUCCUCUUCAUCGAGCUAGUCUUUGUCGCUACUGCUCUUGGUGUUUUUGCACACGGACAUGCAACCGGACUAAGGACUGCGUUGUGGUCGACUGGAGGGGAGCAUGGUUGGAACUCGAACCCACGGCUGCGAAUCUAUUUCUACGCGAACUAUCAGCAGCCCCCCGAGGUUCCGUUUCUUUGGACCGAAAGGUGUUCCGAGUCUCUCCUCGCCGUCGCACUCGUCAACAUCACUGUUUGGCUUGUGAAGCUCGCACUUCUUUGCUGCGAUUUUAACAUACGCUUGUUGAGCGCCUUUUACCAUGUCUUGAUGUCGGGGCUUUGGUUGUUCUGCGUGAAUGCCCAGUCGUCCAGCGACCUCUCAGAUCCGGAGCAUCUGAGCCUUUGUCCAUGGUAUUUGGAAAAGAGUUGCUCCGCACUCUCCGGAAAAGAUGGGAGACAGUUGUCUGCAUGCUAUUUACAUCUGUGCUUUGGCUUGCGUACUGGUGUGGGGAGCAUCGUGUUCUUUAUAAAUGUGCCUCGCGAGCCACUAGUCGACUAUCAGAUCGUGAGCGAUGUGCGCCUACUGGCAUGGGAGCCGGUUCAUAGUCAAACCAUCCAGGAAGACUAG